AUGAUUAGCAACCUUCCACCAAAUGUCAUUGAAGUAAUCCUCAUAUGCUUGCCUUUGAGAGAUGCAGUGAAGACGAGCGUCUUGUCACGUGAUUGGAGGUACAAGUGGGUCACGAUUCCACAUCUGAUAUUUGACGAGCGAAGUUUUCCACCUUUGGACGAUUAUUCAGAGCUCGAUAAUCUUAAGCUCAUCAAUGCUGUUGAUGAAGUUCUCUUAAUACAUCGAGGCCCAGUUCAUGAGUUCAAGUUGCAGAUUUACAUAGGAAGCUUCUCCGCCAUCGAUCGAUGGCUACUUCAUCUCUUUGAUAAUGGUGUGAAGAGCCAUUACAAGAAAAAUGAGCUAAAUGACCCUAAUGACCCCCUUGUAAAAGGAGUAAUGGCUCUGUCAAAGUCGUUACAAGCAAUAAAGAUUUUUCAGUUUUUAGCUGCAGGUAAUGUACCAGAAAGGCUUCUGAAAAUGUAUAAUCAUCUAAAGAAUCUGACAUUGAAGAUAAAUUUUGAAAAUCUGGAUCAAUUAUCUGUGGCUCUUUGCUUAUGUAGAAGCUCUCCAAACUUGCAUGAAAUCUACGCCAAGGUCCACUCAAUCAAUGCUGCUAGGAUGCCCCAUGAGAGCUUUUGGGAAGUGCAAGAAGGUUUUGAUGGCUUAUUUGCAAACCUCCGGAUUGUGACCGUAAAUGGAAUUAUCGGCAGCAAAAAUGAACUGGUGAGGACAAGCAUCUUGUCGCGUAAUUGGAGGUACAAGUGGGCCACAAUUCCAGAUCUGACAUUUGACAAGCGAAGUGUGCCAUCUUCAGUAGAUGAUUUUGAUUUUGAUGAGCUUGAGCUUGUGAACUCUAAGCUCGUGAAUGCUACUGAUCACGUUUUCUUACUACAUAGAGGUCCAGUUCAUGAGUUGAAGUGCCAAAAUUACCUAGAAAGCUGCCCCGCCAUCGAUCGAUGGAUACUUUUCCUAUCAGGUCAUGGUGUGAAGAGGUUCACGGUUGAUCUUUUGCUGGGCGAGCAUUAUAAGGUGCCUUCUUGUCUAUUUCACUACGAAAGCCUUAUUCAUCUGAAGUUAUCAUGUUGCAUCUUCAAACCACCUAGCAAGUUGGAAGGCUUUCAUAGUCUCAAGACCCUACAUCUUCAAAAUGUUGCCAUUGACAACUCAUUCGAAGACUUGAUUUCCAAAUUCCAUUUUCUUGAGGCAUUGACACUGAGGGAGUUUGACGGUCUCACUCGUCUUAAAAUUCGAGGCCCCAAGCUCCUGUAAUUGGAUAUCGGUGGUAAAUUAAAAUAUCUCUGUUUCGAAAAUAUCCCACUUGUAGCAACUGCUCGCAUUCAAAUGACAUCACCAAAUGAUUACAAGAAAAGCAAGGAGUCCAAUUUGAUCAAGGUUCUUGGAUGUCUACAUGG